UAAGCCUAAACAUGGCUGCACAGGACCGAAGAAACAUUCGAGUGUUAACUAUUGAAAACUAUGUUUCGUUUAGAGAAGUUGUCGUCAUUUUUAGUUGGGUUUCAGACUCGUAGACUGAACUACUGUAAUUUUUGAAAUCAUACAUUUAUCAGUUUAUUGUUGCUGCUAACUGCGUUCUCUGAUUUGCGCCGCUGAUUAUUUGGUAGCGAGUAGUACAUAUUAUGGGAUGUUGGACACGUGCACUGUUUAGUCAUUGUUUUCUCAUGUUGUGACAUUGAGUAGUGGGUAGUGUCCAAACUAUUUAAAUGACUAUCAAAAAAUUAAUGAAUCUACACUCACUAUUCCAUUACUAUAUGAUUUGUACAUUAUUUUAUUCUACAUACUAUAAUAAUUGUCUCGAACCUGAGGGUAUCCUGACAUUGGGUUGUUUAUAUGGAAAUGUAUUGAAGCCUUUUCUAUUAGCUGUGACUUGUUCAGGUGGGAUUGUCCUCUUAACCUUUUUUGUUGUUGUUGUUGUAAUUAUUUGAACAUGUAGGUCUAGUAUUUUGUUCGGUUGAGAAGGAUCCUGUUCUAGAGUACAGGUUGUCAAACCUGUUCCUGGAGUACUCCCUUUCCUGCACAAUUUAGUGUUUUCCCUGCUCUUAGCACACCUGGUUCACCUGACUAACCGUGCUUCCUGAGUUAAGUCAAAAGUUUAGGGGGGAAAACACUAAAAUAUGCAGGACAGGGGGUACUCCAGGACCUGGGUUGGGAGCCUGUGGUCUAGAGGAUGGCUGUCACAUGGAGUCACAUGCUGCCUGGUGAUGCCUUAGCUGCACCGGAGGUUAAGGGUCAUGUGUGUAUGGUCAUUGUGCUGUGACUUAUCACCGCUAGGCUAUAUUAGAAACAACACUGAAAACUGCUUAUGUUCAAAUGUGAUUAAACAUAUAGGCCUACAUCGACAAUGCUGAAGUUUUGUCUUAAUGAAACCGGUGCAAAUGCAGAUGAUUUGCAGACAACAUACUCGGAAUGCAACUUCUAUAUAAUUUACUUUUAAUUUCUGUCUAUACCAAAGCCCAGUCUCGCUCUUCCGGCAAAGUACUUGCUUUCUAGCUUGGUUUCCAGCAUUUUGGAAAGCAGUAUCAGUAUAAUGGAGACUUUCAUAUUAGAUCUGGGGCUUCUUCUGUGCUCUAUAGCCUUGAUUCUCCAUGACUGACCACAGGUCUUGUGUCCAGCUGAACACUGGAGUUCAGAUGCCACUGUUGGGUUUGGGCACGUACCGUUUGCAAGGCUGUGAGGAAAUUUAUCAGACUGUGGAUGCUGCCUUAACAGCAGGCUACAGAGCUUUCGAUACAGCAGCAGUGUACCGCAACGAGGCAGACAUUGGCCAGGCCCUUUGCACCUUGUUGCCCAAGCACGGGCUUUCCAGAGCUGAUGUGUUCAUAACGACUAAACUAAGUCCAAAGGACCAGGGUUGGAAAGCCAAGGAUGGCUGUUUGAGAAGCCUGGAGCAAUUAGGCUUAGAUUAUAUUGACCUGUUUCUUAUUCACUGGCCUGGUACACAAGGGUUGGAUGUGAAGGAUAAGCGAAACCCUGAAAAUCGAGCUCAAAGUUGGGCAACCUUGGAGGAGUUCCACGCAGAGGGAAAGUUCCGUGCCAUUGGAGUGUCGAAUUACACGGUGAAGCACAUGGAGGAGCUGCUGAAGAGCUGCACAGUCAUUCCAGCUGUUCUCCAGGUGGAGUUCCACCCCAGGUUGGUCCAGAGGGAGCUCAGGGAAUUGUGUGAGAAAAGUGGAGUAUGUUUCCAAGCAUACUCCUCCUUGGGGACAGGCGUCCUCCUCUCUGAUCCUCUGGUUCUCGAGAUAGCAGAACGUUAUGGAAAAACUCCGGCUCAGGUGCUUCUGAGGUGGGCUGUGCAGCAAAACAUACCCGUGUUGCCGAAAUCAUGCCAGCCCAACAGGGUGCAGGAGAACGGGUGCUUGUUUGACUUUGAGCUAAGUGACGGUGACAUGGCAACGCUUUCUGCUCUGGACUGCAGGGAGAAGUUCUGUUGGGACCCUUCGCUGGUACUCUAGACUACCUCCAGUGUCAGACAGUUCUAGAUGCUGGUUUAGGUUUAGUCAACUGGUUGUUGGGUAAUAUAUUACUUCAUGAGUUUAUUGGUGAAAUUGAUUAUGGUGUCAGGGCUCUCAUAGUUGAACAUGAGAUACAUAUACAGUGCUGUGAAAAAGUAUUCUUUAUUCCUUCAGUUUUUGUGUCUCUCUCAUACUAAAUAGUUUCAGAAAUUAAAACAAUCUAAGAUAAACCAAAGCCAACCUGAAUAAACGCAAAAUACAGUUUUUAA